AUGACAGAUGUUCUUUUGAUAAAAAAGCAACCAGUAAGUCCCAUCCCACCUGUGGCUGAGUCAGUUCCGAGAAUGUCCGCUCCUCCUGCACCAACAGAAGCCGUUCAACGUCCCAGGAUCCAAAUGCCGUUGGCUGCGGAAACAGUCGAGGUGGUUCCCAGGCGUUUCCAGUCAUUGCCACAAGAAAUGCCAGCACGUGAAUUUGUCACGAAAGUACCAAUGAAAAGUCCUGUGGAAGCCGAAGUGAUACCAACAAGGGCUCCCAAACUGCCUACAGCAAGAACUGAUCCCGAUAGCCCGAGAAGACUCGUACCAAAACAGACAGCUGUGAGACCACCUCCAAGGAAUCUGCCGAGGCCUCAACCGAACAACCUCGAGGUGAUGAAUCACGUAGUCGUGCCACGAACGCAAUCGUCUGGCCCACCGCAACAGUCCAGGAGGUCUAAUGGCCCAGUUAGAGUUAGGCAACCAUUGCGACGUCCUCAGAAUCAAGCAAGGGUGCCGCUACCAGUUCGACCUCCUCCAGAAAACAAUGCUCCUCCUCCACCACCACCCAGAAACACCCAGAAACCAGUCAAUCUGAUUGUCAUUCAAGAUGGGCGAGUAGUUGAGUUAUCAGCUCAGCAGCAACGAGAUCUCGCCCUGGUGCUAAGGUAA